AUGAUAAGAACUCCUUAUAGUCGGGGCAAAUUGUCUACACUUCAUUUGACUGGUGUUCAUGAUUAUAUUGAACAAGGACGUUUGUAUCAAGCAAAUCAUGAUGCAAAUGGUUGUGGUCCAUCAGACAAUGGAAAUAAAACAUCAGAUACACCAGAACCAUUAAAUCAUACAGUUUGUGCAUCAGUUGUUGAAACAACAACAAAACCUAACGAAUAUUCAACACGUCUUAGUAAUCCACGUGCAUCAGUAUUAACAAUAUCGAAUGAUUUAAUAUGUACACCACCAAAUUCAAAUAAUAAUCGACAAGCAAUAUCACAACGUACAACAAAAAUGCUUGUUAUAUGUUCAACAACGUUUCUUCUGCUUAAUUCUCCAUAUUCUGCUGUUUUACUUUAUUCUAUUAUAUCAAAGCACGUGUUAACAAGUACACUUGGAAUUUUAAGACAUUUUUAUUUUAUGUCAUUUUGUUUAAAUUUUUUUCUUUAUUCAUUAUGGGGAAAUCGUUUUCGACAAGAAUUUAUUUUACUUUUAAAAUCAUGCUGCACAUUUUUUGUGAUUAAAUAUAAAUAUACAUCUAAAGCUAUUUUUCAAUAUGUACCUACUACUAUUAUUGAUCAAACAGCAUUGAAUAUAACUGCUGAUGUGAAUUUUUAUCAAUCAAAAUCACCUUGUAAUCAAUCUUUUGUUAAAUUACAAAAUCUGAUUAUUAAUUCAUUUCAACAUGAUAGUAUUCAUAUGGAUAUCAAACAACUUGAAAAAGCUAUUUUUCAGAUAUUUAUUGAAACAUCUAAUAUAUUACAAAAUACAACACAGGAUAUUAUCUUCUUAAAUGAUUAUUAUAAUAAUAGUAAUCAGUAUCGUCAAAUAAAAACUGUUCGAACAAAUGAUGGCCAAUUUAUUGGAAAUUCUCUUUUUGCUAAUUAUGUUUUCAAUAAACUUGUUCCACCAACCAAAACAACAUGUGAAACAAUAAUAAAUAUUAAUGAAAAAAAACUUGAAAAAAGUACUUGUAUAUCAACCACUGCUAUCCUUUUAACUAUUAAUAGGCAAAUAAGUUUUGAUAGCAAAUUGGAUAAUCAAACAUUUAUCCUCACAAGUAAAAAUUUAACUUCAACUCAAUUAAAAACAACAACAAAAACUGACUUUGAUCAAUUAUUAAAACAAAUUUGUGCAAAAUAUGAAUUAAAUUUACAAUAUCAAUUAAUUAAUAUGAUGAAUAAUGAACUUCAUGAUGAAGAUUUAAAUAAAAUUCUGUUUCUAAAUACAAAUCAAUAUUCAAAUUGUGAAUGGACAAUGAUCAAUCAAAGUAUAAUUGACGUAACUCGUUAUCAAGCUACAGAAUAUAUUUUUAAUAAUUUUUAUCAUGAUGAAUCAAUAGUUGAAUAUCAUCUUGAUUUAAUUGAAAGAAAAUCAAAUGAUCAUACAAAACAAAUUUUAAAAAAGUAUUUUCCUAAUUCUUGUCAAAUAACAAAUAUAAUAAAUCUUCGUAUGUUAAUAAUUAUUUCACAAGAUAAUUUAACAAUACAAUGUAUAUUAAAUCGAAAUAAUAGUUUAAAAUAUCGUGCUAUUGCAUUUCGUUUUCUCAAUAAUGAGAAAAAUUUUCUAAAAGAUUUUCAAAUUAUGUUAAAUAAUGAAGAAGAACCAAGUGAAAUACGUAUACUUUGUUUCCAAGCAAUGUAUUCAUCUCUUAAUAUAUCUGAAAUAAAUAAUUUAAUUGAAAAUGUUAAAUCAAAUCAACUUCGUUUUUAUAUAAAAUCUUUAUUUAAACAAAGUUCAAUAUGGUUAGCAAAUUCUGGUUCAUAUGAAUUUCCAUUUGGAAAACUUAAUAUUAUAUUUCAUGAAAAUUUAUUAUUCUAUUUUCCAAAUAUGAUUCAAUUAGAACUUGGAAAUAAUACUGAUAUUGAUUUUUAUUUUGUGCGAAAUAAUGAAGAAAAUAUGCAAUGGGAAAUUUUAUUAAUAUUUGAUAGAAAAAAUAUUAUUCGUUUUUCAACAAUUAAGGAUUUUUUUAAUUGGUUAAAUAAUGAUCGAUUAUUUGAAAUGAAAACUCUUGAUGAAUUUUAUUUAAAAAUAAAUUUAAAAUCGAAUUUUAAUCUUAAAUGGUUUACUGGUUAUUUUAAUCAAUUUAAAAAUUUUUUUAAAAAAUCAACGGCUGGUAUUGUUCUAAAAAUUCAACAUGGAUUAGGUGAAAUCAUGACUGGAUAUAAAAUAAGUUUUAAUCUUGAAUCUAAUUUUAAAAUUAAUAUUCAUCAACAUGAAUAUUUAACUUCAUACAUUUGGCGUUCAAUACAAAAAGAAAAUAUUCUUUUUAAAAUCGAGUAUGAAUAG